AUGUACAGAGGGAGGAAGAACCCACACGUACCUACAGGUGUUUUUGACAUGGCUUCUACUUCAUCUGGCAAAAAGCGCACUUAUAAAGAAGCAUUUCUACAAUGGGGUUUCACAAGCAUCGUAGACAAAAAUAUAGAAAAGCCUCAGUGUGUUUUAUGUAAUAAAGUGCUUAAUCCAGAAAGCAUGAAACCGAGCAAAUUAAAAGAACAUUUUGCUAAAGUUCACAAGGAGUUCGCAGAUAAAAAUAUAGAUUUUUUUAAGAAAAAGGAGAGGAUUCUGAAGUCUUCCCGCAUGGAUUCAACAGGCAAUAUACAGAAAGCAAAUGAAUCAUGCCUUCAAGCUUCAUACAAAAUUGCUUAUCGCAUCGCACGUAAUAAAAAACCACACACUAUAGGAGAGGACCUCAUCAAACCUUGCUUGUUAGAUGCAGUAGCACUUGUUAUUGGUGAGCAACAUGUGGCUAAGAUUAAACAAAUCUCACUCUCAAACACUACUAUUCAAAGUCGCAUAUGUGAAAUGAGUGCCGAUAUUCUAGCAACCGUUAUUUCUGAAAUAAAGGAAAGUCAUAUGUUUGCGCUGCAGUUGGACGAGUCCACAGAUGUUGCUUCGUGUUCACAAUUAUUGGUGUUUACACGAUACAUUAAAGAUGAUGAUGUAAAGGAGGAAUAUUUGUUCUGCAAGUCUUUGCCCACUACUACUCGCGGCGAAGACGUAUUUCAAACGCUAAAAGAGUUUAUUGAGGAAAAUGGCCUAGACUGGUUAAAGCUGAUUGGUACUUGGCCUUCCAUGAUGGGCAUCCGUUCUGGUUUUCAGGCACUCGUGAAGCAAGUUGCUCCUCAAGUUUUCGGCUAUCAUUGCUUGAUACACCGUUACGCUUUGGCUGUGAAAACGCUUCCAUCAGAUUUGCUAAACACGUUGAGUGACAUAGUAAAAAUUGUUAAUCAUAUUCGAGGCAGCGCUACUAACUCAAGAUUAUUCAAAGUUUUGUGCGAUGAAGUUGGUGCUACAUUUAAUGCUCUUUUGUACCAUACAGAGGUACGUUGGUUAUCAAGAGGCAAAGUUCUAAGUAGGGUUUACGAAUUACGAGAAGAAAUUGGAUUGUUUUUUGAAAAUCAGAGAACACAAAAAGAAAAAGAAUAUUAUGCAUAA